CUAGAGAGGUCUGGAGGGCUUCGCGAGGGGAGGAGGGAGGGGAAGCCUUCUUCCUGGUUUCCCUGGCGUUGCCGUGGCGACAGAGGGAGCGCCGCCCCUCCCCUCGGGCUCCCCUGAGGAGGAAGGCCCCCCUCCCCGCGCGGGCUCCUCUGAGGCCCCACCAAUUCUCCGUCUUUCCACUUUGAAUGUCAUUUGAGAGAAGAGGUGGAUGUAUCAUCAUCUAGUUUGGAGGCAGCCUAGAAGCGCAGAAUAAAGAUGGAAGGGCAAGAGCCAGCUGCCACCAAGUUAGAAGUAUUUUCUUCUGUUGUUGAGGCAGAGAACAACAGAGCAUUCUGGGAGGACUCUUGGAGGAAAGACCAGGAGAGAAGUCUUUUCCAUUCAGACCUUCAGCACCAGCACUUCCAGCAUUUCCGCUAUGAGGAGACUUUAGGACCUCGAGAGGUUUGCAGCCGCCUUCACUCUCUCUGCCGCCUGUGGCUGAAGCCAGAGCGACACUCCAAGGCGGAGAUGUUGGACCUGGUGCUCCUGGAGCAGUUCCUGGCCGUCCUUCCUGUGGAGAUGGAGCUCUGGGUGAGGGAAUGUGGGGCAGAGACCAGUUCCCAGGCCGUGGCUUUGGCUGAAGGAUUCCUCCUGAGUCAGGAAGAGGAGAGGAAGCAGGAGAAGCCACAGGUGCAGGAAUCAUUUGCAGACGAGACCAGUCAGGUGGAGGAAUAUUCUUCAGACACCAUGUGCAUUGCCCACAUUGGAAAUGGAGAAUAUAUAAUACUUGGCAGUGAAACAUGGGGAAUUGAUAGUAGCACAACUUUUCAUGAUUCUCUUCUAAGAAGAGAUUCUGCGGGACCAGAUCAGGUGACUUUUGAAGAUGUGUCUGUGGAUUUCUCAGAGGAGGAGUGGGCCCUCAUGGAUCCAAGCCAAAAAGCCUUGCACCAGGAAAUCAUGGAGGAGAAUUUAGGGAUUGUGUCAUCUCUGGCCAUGUCAAUAGAGGAGACAUCAUUUAAAUAUUUGGAAGAUGGAAUGAAUUUCAAUAGGAAGGAAGCGCUCACCUUUUCUCAAGAAACUCACACAAGGGAUAAACCAUUUAAAUGCUUGGAGUGUGGAAAGAACUUCCAUCAGAAGGCACACCUUGUUAUCCAUCAGAGAAACCACACAGGAGAAAAGCCAUUUAAAUGCUUGGAAUGUGGAAAAAGUUUCUCUCAGAAGGUAAGCCUUGUUCAUCACAGGGCAGUUCACACAGGAGAGAAGCCAUUUAAAUGCUUGCAGUGUGAAAAGAGCUUUAGUCGAAAAAGAAACCUUAUUAGUCAUCAGACAACUCACACAGGGGAAAAGCCAUUUAAAUGCUUGCAGUGUGAAAAGAGCUUCAGUCACAAGCAUGUCCUUAUUCGUCAUCGGGCAAUGCACACAGAAGUAAAACCAUUUCAAUGCUUGCAGUGUGAAAAGAGCUUCAGUGAAAAGACAAGCUUUAUUAGUCAUCAAACAACUCACACAGGAGAGAAGGCAUUUAAAUGCUUGCAGUGUGAAAAGAGCUUCAGUCGCAAGAGAAACCUGAUUUGUCAUCAGGCAACUCACACAGGAGAGAAGCCAUUUCAAUGUUUGCAGUGUGAAAUGAGCUUCAGUGAAAAAAGAAAUCUUAUUCGUCAUCAGGCAACUCACACAGGCGAGAAGCCGUUUCAAUGCUUGCAGUGUGAAAAGAGCUUCAGUCACAAGCAUGUCCUUAUUCGUCAUCAGGCAACUCACACAGGAGAGAAGCCAUUUCAGUGCUUGCAGUGUGAAAAGAGCUUCAGUCAAAAGGGAAGCCUUAGUUAUCAUCAGGCAUCUCACACAGGUGUAAAGCCAUUUAAAUGCUUGCAGUGUGAAAAGAGUUUCAGUCGCAAGCACAUACUUAUUAGUCAUCAGGCAACUCACACAGGACUAAAGCCAUUUAAAUGCUUGCAGUGUGCAAAGAGCUUCAGUCAAAAGGGAAACCUUAUUAGUCAUCAGGCAACUCACACAGGCGAAAAGCCAUUUCAGUGCUUCCAGUGUGAAAAGAGCUUCAGUCUAAAGGGAAGCCUCAUUAGUCAUCAGGCAACUCACACAGGAGAGAAGCCAUUUCAAUGCUUCCAGUGUGAAAAGAACUUCAGUCACAAGAAAAACCUUAUUCGUCAUCAGGCAACUCACACAGGAGUAAAGCCAUUUCAGUGUUUGCAGUGUGAAAUGAGCUUCAGUGAAGAGAGAAACCUUAUUCGUCAUCAGGCAACUCACACAGGACUAAAGCCAUUUCAAUGCUUGCAAUGUGAAAAGAGCUUCAAUCGCAAGUACAUGCUUCUUCGUCAUCAGGCAACUCACACAGGAUAGAAGCCACUUAAAUGUUUGCAGUGUGAAAAGAGCUUUAGUCAAAUGGGAAGACUUAUUAGUCAUCAGGCAAUUAACACAGGAGUAAAGCCCAUUUGAAUGCUCAGUGUGUGGAAAGAGCUUCAGUCACAAGCACGUCAUUAAUUGUCAUCAGGCAAAUCACACAGGAGAAAAAACAUUUAAAUGUUUGGAAUGUGGAAAAAGUUCUCUGAGAAGUUAGACGUUGUUGAUCAGAAGGCAAUUCACACAGGAGAGAAGCUGUUUGUGUUGAUUGCAGAAAGAGUUUCUAUCGGAAAGGAGCCCUUUUUCAUCAUCAGGCAACUCACAGUAGAAAAAAAAAACCAGAGUGUGGAAAGAGCUGCAGGGGAAAUACAAGCCUUCUUUUUUAAUUCUCAACCCACAUGGAAGAAAUGGGGCAAGGGCACGUUCCCUUGUUUUACAUCAGAGGGGGCAUGAAUCUUUGUCAUAGAAACACUGAGUUAAAAAGCCUUGGUUUUGGGGAGAAAUAAUAACCUGAUCAUUUUUCUUUCAUGAAAUAUCUCAUUCAGCAUAAGUGAUAAUAUUUUUGAGAGCGAAAGGAAAGAUAUUUCUGGUUUUUUAUCCAUUCAUGCAUUCUGGUUACUUCAACUAUUUCCUGUCAUGUAUAUUCAGGAUUAAAAAUACAUUUAAUUUAAAAGUUU